AUGGAGCCCCGGUUGUCUCCGGUUAAACCGGGCGUUGCCGAAUCUCUGCCGGGGUCUGAUGCCGGUAUUGCCACGUUGAGUGCCGGCGUAGUGACGAUGGCUUUAAUUGAUGAAGUUUUUAGAAACCGGGCAUCAGGGCAAUUAGAGAGAGCCCUAAAUUUACUGAUCGUGGCCAGAAAUCAGCCAUCUACAUAUAUCGCUAGCAAUGGUGAAGAAAGACACAGUUUGACUGUGGCAGCAAGUGAUGGCGUGCAGGUGAUUAAGGUCACCAUCUAUUACCAGUCCAAAUUCAUGAAAUUUCAAACUGGCACCCCUCUGUCUGUAAGACACUCUAUUCGAAAGACACAGGAUGGGGAACAGACCCUAAGAAUUACUAAGCCCACUAAGGUGUUCAUUACACAGGCGUUGGUAGAGCCUGGAAGACAUGUCCAGCAGGGACAAAUUCUCAUCAACCCUCCCGAAGCUGAUGUGCUGCCAAUUCAGCAGGCAAUAAGGUCGCUGCUGAAACAGCGAGUGUCUGUUUGCGGACGGAUAGUGCAGGAAGAAGGUGUGAGAACAGUGGAUGCUAAAGGAUCGGCAGUCAAUGUUAAAAAGAUAGAGAUUAGAGACGGACGUGAGAGUGCCGAGGUGUCCCUGUGGCGUGAACAAUCACAAAAAGACUUCCACACUGGCCAAUAUGUGAGAAACAAGGAUGGGAAACAUCCUUGCAAAAGAACUAGUAGGUCGAACAUGGAGCCAGCAGAUGAGCCUGAUUACACACGAAGAGUUACAUUCGCUGGAGUCAGCGUUGAAGGAGAGAUUGCACAGCUUCUGUUAAGUGAUGAUGAAGUUGUAACUGCGUCGUCCAAACUGUUGUUGGAGGCUUUACCUGAGGGUAUGGACAGUGACUUAGAGCACCUGACAGUCAAUGGAACGAUUGACUUAAAUAUUGAAAUUAAGGGGACUGAGGUGCUGACAAUUCAGGACAUCCAGUAA